GAGGAAAUGGCUGCAGGCCAUCAGCCUCAGCCCAGGGGAGGUUUAGGUUGGAUGUUAGGGGACAGUUCUUCACAGCAAUGGUUGCAAAGCCCUGGAAUGGGCUGCCCGGGGCAGCGGGGGAGUCCCAUCCCUGGGAAUGUUCAGGAGACAUGGAUGUGGCACUCGAGGGCUUGGCCCAGUGACCUUGGUGGUGCUGCUGGACAGUUGGACUGGGUGAUCUUGGAGAGCUUCUCCCGCCUCAGUGAUUCCAUGACUCCAUGGCUAACUGGACGUGUCUCCUCUGUCUCCAGCGGGAGUCGUUCCUCCAAGACCUUCAAGCCCAAGAAGAACAUUCCCGAGGGCUCCCACCAGUACGAGCUCCUGAAGCACGCGGAGGCCACGCUGGGCAGCGGGAACCUGCGGCAGGCCGUGAUGCUGCCCGAGGGGGAGGACCUCAACGAGUGGAUCGCUGUCAACACUGUGGAUUUCUUCAACCAAAUCAACAUGUUGUACGGGACCAUCACAGAAUUCUGCACAGAGAGCAGCUGCCCUGUCAUGUCUGCAGGGCCCAGGUACGAGUACCACUGGGCAGACGGCACCAACAUCAAGAAGCCCAUCAAGUGCUCGGCGCCCAAAUACAUCGACUACCUGAUGACGUGGGUGCAGGACCAGCUGGACGACGAGACCCUCUUUCCCUCCAAGAUCGGUGUCCCCUUUCCCAAGAACUUCAUGUCGGUGGCCAAGACGAUCCUGAAGCGGCUCUUCCGUGUCUACGCCCACAUCUACCACCAGCACUUCGACUCGGUGAUCCGGCUGCAGGAGGAGGCCCAUCUCAACACCUCCUUCAAGCACUUCAUCUUCUUCGUGCAGGAGUUCAACCUGAUUGACAGGAGGGAAUUGGCUCCUCUGCAGGAACUGAUUGAGAAGUUGGGCUCCAAGGACAGAUAAAACAUUCCUGGGGGGACCCUUUUGGCCUCUCCUUUCUGCUUCUUCUUCAGCCACCUCAGCGCUUGGCUCCAGGAAUGCUGGACACACCAAGUGGCUCCACUCCUGCUGUGCAGCCCCCACUGGGCUCCUGUGCCCCACAGCUGUGGGCUGGGUGAAGGUGGAGCAGGUUCUGUCCCUCACAGGGUGACAUUCCAAGUCCUGCACAGCUGCUUCCUGCUCCCAGAGUUUCCCUCUGGGCUCUGCAGCCGCCUGGCCGGGGCUGAGAGUGGCUCAGCUUAUUUUUGGAAGUGCUUUUUUUAGGAUAAGAGGUGCACUUUGGCCCAGAGCCUUAAAGCUCCCCUUGGCAGCAGCACCGAGGGGGGGAAAGAAGUGCCUGGUCCCAGGGGGGUGUCCCUGUCCCUGGGAGGGAGGAGCAGCUCUGGGGUGUCCCAUGGAUGGGGGGGGACAUGAGGAACCCUCCUGUGUGGCAAGGCAAUAAUAAAGUUUAUUCCUGCUCUUCUUUCAGAGGAA